GUAGUAGUAUCAUAGCAAAAUAAACGUAGAAAGAUUAUUUCGCAGUUGGAAAUAAACAAAACAUACGCACUUGGGAUCGCAAAUAAAAAAGUUUUGUUUACUUCAGUCCACGCGUGUAUACUUUCAGUAGCAACUGAACAGAACGUGGAAAUAUCGUUUCAGUCGGUUAAGUUUCUAUUCAGUUAGUUUCCUUUGUAGGGCAUUGUUUUUAAAAAAAGUUGUAAGUGCGGACGUGCCGGUUGAAUCAGAUAAACAGUUUUUGUUAACAAAGUAUGCUAAUGAGAAAUAAAAUAUUUAUUCGAUCAUUGGAUCCGAGUUUAUGACUGUGAGUAAUUAUCCAGGUGAUCUGAGGAUUCUAUUGUGUUGUGAAAAUUGUUGUUGUUUAUAAGACUGCAAUAUGAAUAGAGAGACAAUGUUCCAAAACUUGGCGAACUAUUUAUUAGGCUCCGUAUUAAGCCAAGAACCUGGAGCAACAGCGGAAGGGGUCGAAGAAAACAGGGCGGUGAGGUUGAGGGCUGAAGACGAAGAUGAUUGGGUCCUUGUAGACAGGGACAGCGAAGGCAACUCAGAUACCUCUUCGGUGGAAAGUCUCGAUGAUAUCGACGAAGAAGAUAACGUCAUCGAGCGAGUUCUUACCCGAACGAGUUCAACGUCGUCGCUACCCUGCGGGUCCAACAUGGAGGAAUCCUGGUUCGUUACACCUCCUCCAUGUUUUACCUCGGAAGGACCUAUCCAUAUGGAAACCUCACCGUUGGAAAACCUCCUUAUCGAACAUCCCAGCAUGAGUGUAUACCAUAUACACCCAAGCAGAAGGCAUUUCACCGUUACUGUUCCAGUAAGGCCCCCUUCUUCGGCUUCUAGAUUAAGCGAUGAAGAAGAGGAUCUUGAAGUGGAGGAAGAGAACGUAGAAGGAGAAGCCGUAGCAGUGGUUAACAGGGUACCCAGAUUGAAUCGUCUGCAAGUUAUGCAACAACAGGAGAGACAAAGGCAUAAGAGCAAACGAGCUCAAAAGGUCCAAAUGCAAAAGGCUUGCCAGGCCAUCAAACGGGGUAAUCUGGAAAGGAAUAACAAGGCUCGUGAAGUAAACAGUCGCAACCGUCGACAAAGGCGUGGGGAACGUUCCCAGGGUGCUACCCGCUCCUACGCCAACAACAAUCGCAAGUGCUAAGCUUGCAAUCCAUUGAUCUCUUUACUUUGCAACAUCCAGUCUACAACAGAUUUUUCAUCUGUCAGUCUGACAUACUACGAACACAAUGCUUCAAAUGACUGUUAAACAACAAGCGAUAGCUAGAUGCAUCCUUGUUGUACGAAAAUAUAUUAUAGUGUUCUUAGUAUGACAGUGAAAUUUUUACAGCAACUUGUAGAAACUGUACUUCCAAUGAUAUUUUUAAGCAAUUUUGAGCAACUGGUAAAUUUUUGUUCAAAAAUACAAAAUUUAUGUAUACAUUUCAGAACAGUGGUACUUUCUACAAGUUAUACUGUAGAUAUAUUGUAUUAACGGUCAGAUAACUUCAUUCUGGAUUUUCAUUAUAUAUCCGUUUAUGAAUAAGGGGAAUAUUGAUUAAAAAAUCCCUUUUAAUUGUAUAUAUGUUUCUCGUCGAAGGUCUGGAGUGAAAUUCUUAGUAUUAAAAUUCUCAAAGUAAAAAAA